ACUUCACAAGAUCGGGCCUCACUCUUGAUGUCUCUCCGCGUUGUACCGACGAUAUCACGGUUUCGAGCGUGCAGAAAUAAUCCCAUAUCUAGGCCACACCUCAAAAUAGCUUCGGCUAGAACAAGCUCUUACACCGUCGCUCUCCAUCCAACCCCGCACCGCGCAGCCCCGCACCCAACCCCAACUAUGGCCCCAAUCCCGAAGACCAUGUCCGGCAUCGUCAUCGACGAGCCCGGCGGUGUCGAGGCGCUCAAGUGGAAGACGGACAUCCCUGUGCCCGAGCUCAAGGAAGGCGACGUCCUAAUCAAGAACGAGUUCAUUGGCGUCAAUUACAUUGACACCUACUUCCGCACAGGCCUCUACAAAGCCCCCCUCCCGCUGAUAACCGGCCGCGAAGCCGCCGGCACCGUCGUCGCGGCCCACCCCUCGGUGACGGACUUCAAGGAGGGCGACCGGGUCACCUACCUAGACCACCACGCCUACGCGCAGCUGACCGCUGUGGCCGCCUCCAAGGUCCUCCGCCUGCCCGACGGGCUCGCCUCCGACCUCGCCGCCGCCUCCAUGCUGCAGGGGCUGACGGCGCUGACCCUCAUCCGCGAGGCCGCGGGCAUCGGCUCCAACCUCGGCGUCUCCGAGGGGCCGUGGGCGCUGGUCCACGCCGCCGCCGGGGGGGUCGGGUCCCAGCUGGUGCAGAUGCUGGCCGCGCGGGGCGUAAAGGUCAUCGGCACGGCGGGCUCCGCGGACAAGUGCGAGCUGGCGCGGAAGCUCGGGGCGAAGUGGGUGGUUAACAGCCGGGACGGGGAUUUAGUGGGCCGCGUCAAGGAGAUCACGUCCGGGAACGGCGUGGAUGUUAUCUUUGACGGGGUCGGUAAGGCUACCUUCGACAGCGAUCUGGAGAUGGUGGCGAGGAAGGGGACAGUUGUCAUGUUUGGCAAUGCCUCUGGACCUGUCCCGCCCGUCGACCUUCUCAAACUUGGGGCCAAGAACAUCAAGCUCAUGCGGCCUACGCUCUUCAACUACCUCGUCACGCGGGAGGAGCUGGAGACGAACACAAACGAACUCUUCGAUUUGCUCCUGUCUGGAAAGGUUACAGUGGAUGUCCACAAAGUUUACCCGCUGAAGGAGGUCGGUCAGGCACAUUCGGACCUGGAGGGGAGGAAGACGACUGGGAAAUUGCUUUUGAAGCCUUGAAAGUGCAGACCAUACGUGGCUCUCAUGACCGACAGUGUGCAGCAAACAGAGAGAGAGAAACAGGCUUGCUCGCAACCUGUAUAGUAAAUUAAAACAAGCUAAUACCGAACACCGCCUAGUCAAGCCUUUUGGCCCGCCUUCAGGGCUUCGAGGAACUCCGCUGGUGGCUCCUGGCGGUAGCCUUUCGGAUUGUUGUUUA